UCCAGAUCCAUUGAUGCCCUUAGAAGAAAUGUAUCAUCAUAGCCUGUCUCAUCACUAUCCUCAGGAAAAUAAUAAUAAUGACGAUGAUGAUGAUGUUUUUAUAUCAUCAUCACUGUUGUCAGCAUUGUUGUUAAUAGUUAACAUUUCCAUAGCACUUUAACGUUUGCAAAACACUUUACAGAUGUUGUUUUAUUUGAUCGGCGUCACUGACUCAGUUCCAUUAGUCCUCUUUGGAUAGUUCACAUUGAUCCAGCCCCACAGUUCCAUUUGGACAACACUGAUCUAGUCAUGCUGAGAGGCUUUGGAGAGGAAGUUUCAUUCCUGAGUCAGCAGCUCUCAUCCAACCCCAUCACUAUUUCAGAAUAGACAACUCCAUUAAACUCCAUCAUAUGACCCUAUACUGGAAGCUGGAAGGGACCUUGGAAGCCAUCCAAUUCAACCCCCUCAUAUUGCAGAUGAGAAAACAGAUGUACAGAGACAGCAAGUGAGUUGCCCAAGGUCACACCAGUAGCGGAAUCAGAAUCUAAAAACCAGAUUUUCUGAUGCCAAACCUGCUGUUCUUUCCAUUGUCUAGCAUCAGCAGCAUCCCCUGAAUAGAAAAAUCUUCACCCCACAUUCAUCACAGGUCGUCAGGAUGGGCAAUUCAGGAUAAAAAGGACUAAAUAAAGACAAAAUGCAAGCAUCCUGAAUAAGGGAGAAGAGACUAUCACUUUUUCAGAAGCCCCUCCUCCAAUACUUUAAGAGAAGAAGAGGGAACAAAGACAGGCAAGCUUAGAUCUUGGCCAUUAUUUUUUUACUGUAGGACUAUCCUAGGGACAGAAUGUGCAAGAAGAGAGAGGAACUUAUCAUUUUUAAUAACUGACAUGUCCCCAAAGAAGAAAGAUAUAAAAAUGUGGGGAUUGAGGUUCGAUUCUAAAGAACAACUCUUAUGUGGACGUGGAGGAAGAGUAUAAUGUAGAAAUGGAAUUAAAUCAACAGGACACUGGGCUGGGAAUUGGGAGAGUCAAGAGGACAAGAGAAGGGUUUAAGAGAGAAGGUAGGAGGUAGAGUUAAGGAUAGUCAUCAGCAAAAAAAUUUCAAACAUGAAGAACAGGUGGGUUAUUGUAGGAGAGAGAGAGAGAGAGAGAGAGAGAGAGAGAGAGAGAGAGAGAGAGAGAGAGAGAGAGAGAGAGAGAGAGAGAGAGAGAGAGAGAGAGAGAGAGAGAGAGAGAGAGAGAGAGAGAUGUUCCUGGUAGGAGGAAGAGGGGACAGGAUUGGGGGUAAUACUGCUUCAAUUCCAGAUAACUUGAACUUAUGCCACCUCUCCUCCCCCACUUCUUUCCCCUUUUAAAAUACGAGGCUCUAAGAUGGAGAGGGGGGAAAAACCGCGACUAACAAGUAUAAUUCUAUAUGAAAACGACGGAAUGAGGCAGGAAGCAAAAUCCAGCAAUUUGUUGUUUACAAGUAAAUGCUUAAAACAAAGUUUCGUAGAGAGGAUGGAUAGCUUAGACCCAGGUCCUUUCCAGCCCCAUCAGUAACCACCUACGCUCCAACCCGUCAGUACCGUCUUCAUGGACAGCUCCACUUCAGCCCCUCCGCAGUGCCCGAAGGAUGAAUAAUGUUGUCUCAGACCCCCGGGGUCCUCUUCGAGCUGCUGCAUCUCGGUCCCACCCCUGUCAGCACUAUGUUCACCCGCAGUCUCUUCUUCGUGGACAGCUCCUUUCCAGCCCCGCCAGGACCUUGGUGUGGACCACUUCGUCUCUGCCCUGCGAUGUCCACUUUAUAGGCAGCUCUCAUUAGUGCCUUGAGGAUAUGCCGCUAGGGCUCAGACCCAUCAGAACUCUCUUCAUGGACAGCUCCAUCUCAGUUCAUUCGUGGACAGCUCCAAUGCGACUGCCUCCGGGCACCCUCUGCCACUCCGGCCCGGGUCCGACAGAUCAGUCAGCCUGUCCUCCAGCUGGCCCCUCGAGGCCUUGGACCCCGGCCCACUCUGGUCCCCUGCAGCUGCGCGCCGCUACCCAGCAGCCCCUCUUCCUCUUCCUUACGACAUCAUCCGUCCCUAACCGGAUGGCUCUUCUGCAUCCUUUGCCUCCGCGGUCUUCGCCCCCACAACGCUGCCCUUCCUCAUUCCCUUCCACCCGAUCCCCUCAUCUGCACCGGAUCCCCUAGGUCUCGCCUCCACCAACCAGCUUACGGCCAGGUUCCCCUCCCCCUCAUCUCCCCUCCUCCCCCCUUUCACCCUGCCCCUCCCUCCCCCUCCCCCUGCGGCACUGCCGCUUGUGCAGCCGCGGCAUCUGCUCCGGUUAUCGCGGGCAGCGGCGGCGGCGGUUGCGGGGUACGUGGGGCUCCCUGGACAGUGGGGGGGCGAACGGCGAGCAAGGGAGCUGGGGUGGGGGCUGGCAGCGCCGUCCACCCCUCCCCCCAUCUCCGCAGUCGGGCAGCCUUUCCCCGGGAGAAGAUGGCGGAUCGGGCGGAGAUGUUUUCUCUUUCUACCUUCCACUCCCUGUCACCGCCGGGAGGCAGGCCUCCCCAGGACAUCAGCCUAGAAGAAUUUGAUGAUGAAGAUUUGUCUGAGAUCACCGACGACUGUGGCAUUGGUCUCAACUAUGAUUCGGAUCCUUGUGAGAAGGACAGUCUCUCCCUAGGACGUUCGGAACACCCGCACCCUAUCUGCUCCUUCCAGGAUGAUUUUCAGGAGUUUGAGAUGAUUGAUGAGAAUGAGGAAGAGGAAGAGGAGGAAGAUGGGGAAGGGGAGGUGGAAGAUGGGGGCCACAGGCACAAAGCACCCCCCUCACCACCCCUCAUCCCAUCUCCCUCUGCCCAAGAGCCCCACAAACCUCGUCCUACCACCUUGAACCUUACCUCACUUGGGACCCAGGACUCUUUGAACAACAAUGGGGGCUUUUCUCCUCCCCGGGCUACUUGGCAGGAGACCCUGCUGCCCUCACCCCCCGAGGAGCCCCACAAUGCACAUCGGGGGCCUCAUGUUUGCACCGCAGAUGGGCACCGUGAGGAACAGUGUGGGCCCCCCAGUGACUACGACUGCGAAGGAAACCGGUCGGGAGAGGGAUCCGAGGCGUCCACAGGGCCCCCACCUGCGCCCGGAGGUUCCUCGCCCUCCUCGGACCCGGGCAUCGAGGCCGACUUGCGCAGCCAUUCCAGCGGGAGCCGGAGCCGGAGCCGGGGCCGGGGCCGUGGCCGGGGCCUUCGGAGCAGUGAGGAACUGUCCUCCCCAGGCUCAGGCUCGGGCUCUGACUCGGAGGAUGCUGAAGGGGAGUUGGCGGCUGCGGGGCCGGGGUCCGGGGGCCGAGGCCUGGGCCACAUGAUCUCCUCCAUUUCCGAGACCGAGCUCGACCUGAGCAGCGAUGGCGGCAGCAGCAGCGGCCGUUCCUCCCACCUCACCAACUCCAUCGAGGAGGCGUCGUCGCCCGCCUCCGAUCCCGAGGCCGAGGCCGAAUCUGGGCCGGACCCCGAGCCCCGCGAGGCCGGCCUGGCUCCCUCUCCGCGGCCUCCCGAGACCUCCGCGGUGCCCGCGCCCGCUCCAGCGGAGCCUUCCAGCGGCUUGCGGAGGCCCGCCUAUCUGCCGGUGGGCCCGGGAGGGGCUGGAGCCAGUCAGCCUGCCGGGCCUGACGAAGCCAACAGCGAGUACGAGUCCGGCUCCGAGUCGGAACCCGACGUGAGCGAAGACGCUGACUCGCCGUGGCUGCUCAGCAACCUGGUGAGCCGUCUCAUUUCCGAGGGCUCGUCGCCCAUCAGCUGUCCGGCUCAGUGCCUGUCCCCCGGGCCCGGACACCCGGCCCCGGCCCCAGCCUCGGCCCCUGCAGCAGCUCCACCUGCGCCGCCCUCCCCCAGUGACACCAUCUCCCCCACGUCCGCUUCGGUCUCUGCCUCGGAACUCGGCCGUGGUCCAGACGGAGGGGGUCGCGGGAGCCGUUCGGGGCCCGGCCUGGCCUUCGAGGACACUGAAGAGGAGGAAGAGGAAGAAGAGGACGACGACGAAGAGGAAGAGGAGGAGCAGGAGCCUCAGAGCGCCCCGGGGGCACCUGCCAGCAUUGAGCUAGAGCUGGUGGACAUGGAGACACUGUGUGGAGGCGGAGGUGGCGGCGGCGGCAACAGCUGCGGAGGAGGCAGUGCCCUACAGCCACCCGGCAGACCACCGGCCCCGGUGCGGCCCCCACCCGCCCAGCCGGGGCCCUUCCUCUUCCUCAGCAACCCCACGCGGGACACCAUCACUCCCGUGUGGGGCGCACCAGGCCGUGCUGCCCGCGCCAGCCGCGCCUGCUCAGCUGCCUGCUCAGAGGAAGAGGACGAGGACGAGGACGAGGAAGAGGAGGACGAGGACGAGGACGAAGAGGAAGAGGAAGGAGACGAGGAGGAAGAAGAUGAGGCCGCGGGGGUAGUGGCCCCUCGCGGCCUGAACCUGGGGCCCGGCCCAGCAGCUGCCCGAGACGCGUCCCUGGUCUACGAUGCGGUCAAAUACACGCUGGUGGUGGACGAGCACACGCAGCUGGAGCUGGUGAGUCUCCGGCGCUGCGCUUCAGGCCUCAGCCACGACAGUCCGGCCAGCGACAGCGGCAGCGACAGCGGCAGCGAGGACCCGGGCUCCCCGCCGGGGUCUGGGGCUCCAGGGGCUCGCGACCUGCGCCUGGGCAGCCGCAGCGGCGCAGCCUCCCCAGACAGCCCGGACAGCCCCGACCUCACCUUUUCCAAGAAAUUCCUCAACGUCUUCGUCAACAGCACGUCCCGAUCCUCCAGUACAGAGUCCUUCGGGCUUUUCUCCUGCAUGAUCAAUGGUGAGGAGAGAGAGCAAACCCAUCGAGCUGUGUUCAGGUUCAUCCCAAGACAUUCCGAUGAGGUGGAGCUGGAUGUGGAUGACCCCGUUUUGGUGGAGGCUGAGGAAGACGACUUCUGGUUUCGGGGCUUUAACAUGAGGACAGGAGAGAGGGGUAUCUUCCCAGCCUUCUAUGCCCAUGCUGUUCCUGGCCCCACCAAGGAUCUGCUGGGGGGAAAGCGGAGCCCAUGCUGGGUGGAACGUUUUAACGUGCAGUUUCUGGGCUCUGUGGAGGUUCCCUGUCACCAGGGCAAUGGGAUCCUGUGUGCUGCCAUGCAGAAGAUUGCCACAGCCCGGAAGCUGACUGUCCAUCUGCGUCCUCCAGCCUCCUGUGACCUCCAAAUCUCCCUUCGAGGGGUCAAGCUGAGUCUGAGUGGGGGUGGGCCCGAGUUUGAGCGCUGCAGUCACUUCUUCCAGAUGAAGAAUAUCUCGUUCUGCGGCUGCCACCCUCGAAACAGCUGCUACUUUGGCUUCAUUACCAAACAUCCAGUUCUCAGCCGCUUUGCUUGCCAUGUGUUUGUCUCCCAAGAAUCCAUGCGGCCUGUUGCCCAGAGUGUGGGCCGAGCCUUCCUGGAAUAUUAUCAAGAACACCUGGAAUAUGCGUGCCCCACAGAAGAUAUUUACCUGGAGUAGUCAUGCCUGGGCCAGGAGGAGGGAGUGACCUUAUGUGCUUAGAGAUCUCUGAGGCUGCACUGGGAACUCUGGCCCUUAUUCCUUUCCCCUCCCCACCUAGGACACAUUAAGGGGGAGACACUGGCCUUCUCUGUGAGGGAAUAGGGGCCCUGAGCAGAUCCAGGAGUCACUUGAGACCUCCCCCUUCCAUGUUCCUCCCUUCUCUUUGGCUAUCCCUUUCUGUGUUUGUCUUUCUGAGUCUCUCCCUCUUUCUCUGUCUCCCCUCUCUCUGUGUCUCUCCCUCUGUGUGUCUUUUCCCUUGGCAUAGUUCUCUCUUUCUGUGUAUUUCUUUACCUCUAUCUCUCCUCGUGUCUGCCGCUGCCCCUCCACUAGCUUUUGGUCAGAAUUAGGGGCUCUGAUAGGGUACUCUUCUGUGUGAGAUGACCCUACCCCACAAAGGAUUUCCCUCCUCAAUUUCCCUUCCUAUUUAUUUCUAAAGGAGUUUUAAUUUUUAUAGAGAAUUUAGAGAGAUCAUCAGCUAGCUGUCUUUCCCAUCCUGCUCUGCCCAGCUUGGCCAGGCUCAGGGCAUACCCCAAGGGUGUGUGUAUGGGGGAAUCUCAGUCCUUCCUAAAACCAGGAAUUACAAAAUGGGUUCUAUACUCCCCUAGAGCCCAGGAGACCGAGGGAGUUCUCAGCUCCCCUAGAACCCAGGUGAUACAGAAAGGAAGUUCCCUGUCCCACCCUUUGGGGAGUCCAGGAGGUAGGUAGAGGGAUUCUUUGUCCCUCAAUGAUCCCAGGAGACACACUGGUGUUCUCAGUUCCUAGAAGAGCCUGGGAGACACAGGGAGAGCUUUUUUGUCCCCCCCCAGAGCCUGGGGGACACAGAAAGGCCCCCCUGCAGAGUCUAGGGGAGGGGGUCCCUCAGCAUCUCCCUGGCCCUGCUGUGCCUGACCACACCGUUGCUUUGCCGCCACUGGCCUGCUCACAGCUGUCUAGUGCGAGUGUAUUUGCCCCCUCCCCAUGCUGUAUAUCCAGGCCUGGCCCAAGGGGCCCUCAAUAAACUAUCUGCUUGGUGUGA